CCAAAUAUUUCUUCCAGCCUGACAAAAUAGUGAGGAGCCGUUCUGUCGUCGUCCGCCCUGAGGGGGGGUGCCCGGGUAGAGGUUCACCCCGAGUGCGAGCCGAGGAAUAAAGAGGAAAAGAGAGGAAAUCAAAAAUGAGAAUGAGGGAGAGAAAGGCGAUGACUGAGAGCACCAGAACGAACCCAGGUGAGGGGAAGCACUGUCGAGCGCCGGGUUCUACUUGAAGACUAGUCACAUUCAUGAGGCAAUUUGUUGCUUCCUGUGUCCUUCCUUCUGGGCGCUUCAGAUGACAGUCCGCUGUCACAGGGCGAAAGCAACGGAGGAGGGCUUCACCAGGUGAGUGCACCCACGGUGAGGGGUUUCUCCCAGUACGAGCAGAACACACACAUUCAUUCAUUCAUUCGAUGGUAUCCCUGUUUUGUCUGCAGCUUUGUGUUGAAGAGCCGAUGCACUCGACACACCGCAAGAGAGGGCGAGAGGGGUCAGUCAAGCAAACACCAGUCGCCCGCCCCCGACGUGAGCAGAAACUCCCUUCUCGCUUCUGCAACGACCACAUCUUCUCGUUCGAGGGCUACAGCGCUCCCAAGACCAAGGCCAAGAAGCCAGCAACUGAGGCGGAGUCACGCCGGACACGUGGCAAAGCAACGAGUAUGGAGUGGGAGGGGCCCCCGGGUUUGGAGGAUGCACUCGACAUGAUGGGCGAGUUUGACGACCUGCUCACGCUCGAGCCUCGCCGCAAGACCAAGCGAGCGGCCGGCAAACGCGUCAGAGCAAAGCCACCGGCCCCGGCCAGUCGGCGCAUCAAGAAGAAGACGCCCCCGGGUGUCAUCAAGAAGGUCAACAAGGAGGAUGGGAUCGUUCCUGGCCCGCCCAUCCACAAGAAGGCCGCCAAGAAGCCUGCCGCAUCCGAUGACGCGCUGGCCCGCAAGCUGGACAAGCUGUUUGCCCAGGCCAAGGAGGACCAGCGCAAGAUGUGCAUGGCCCUCGACGCCGGCUCCCGCCCCAGACGCAGAAGCCCAUCCAAGCGCUUCACGGCCGACGGCCGCGAGCGGCGCGUGCCCACGUCACAGCGCUUCUCGUCGGACACGGAGGCGCUCGAUCGGCUGCUGGACGACCACCUGGAGGCUGACGGCACCCCCCGGUGCGGCGUCAAGAGCCUCAUGUCCAACGCACGCGGGGCUGUCUACCAGGCGUGUUUGUCGCGGGGCUACCGUGCGCCCGUCAAGAUCGUCUCGUCGGGCGACGCCGGCCUGUGUGUACUGGCGGGCAAGGACCUGGAGAAGGGCGAGUACGUCUGUGAGUACGAGGGGGAGCUGGUGACGGAGGCCACGGCCAAGGAGAGAGAGCAGCAGUACGCUCAGAUGGGCAAGGGGUGCUACAUCUUCACGUUCAGCCUCAACAACAGCCGCUGGUGCGUCGACGCGACCGACGACAGCAUGGCGGCAGCGUGGGGGCCGGGGCGGCUGGUGAACCACUCGAUCACCCCCAAUCUGGUGGGCCGGGCCUACCUGGACACCAACCAGUCGCCCCCCAAGCCCCGGCUGUGCUUCGUGUGCCGCCAGGACGUCGACAAGGGCGAUGAGCUCCUGGUCGACUACAACGAGCGCGACCCUCAGGCCGUCAAGGCCUUCCCGUGGCUGCUCAGUAGCUGACCGACCGACCGACAAAGGAGAGGGAGGGAGGGAGGGAGGGAGGGGGACACAACAAGGGCAAGGGAAGGUGUGUGUGUGGGGUGGGUGGGUGCGUGAACGGCAUGCAUGCCCCCGCUGGUGGGGAUGGGGCGUGAGCUAGUUUAAACGGAUGGAUGGAUGGAUGGAUGGUUGGGCGCCCGUCAUGAGCAUCUUUGACUGACUGGAUUCUAUGCCAGCCUGCUGGGGGGUGGUUUGGCAUGCUGGACGAGUACGUUCGUACGUCAGAUGGACGGGUGCCGACUGGCAGGCAGGGGCGGCGAUCUGUACGUUAGUUAUGUGGUGUUCGCUGCGUGUCGAGAUGUGUUGCGUGGGUCACCUCUCCCCGGUGUGGACGCGUCGGGGGCGUACCUACGUCACCUAGAGACGAGCCCGCAGACUAGAGAGAUGACACGCACACGCCCAGACACUUGGGUGAGCGAAUGGCGACGGAGAACGACUGGCUGGCGCUGGCUGGGUGCAUGCCGUGUGGCGAUGAAUGAUUGCAUUGGAUUGGAAUGGAAUGGAAUGCAAUGCCUGUGUGUGUUCACUAUCCAUAUAUGUAGCUGCACGCGAUGCACGCGCCAGUCAGUGAAGUCAGUUGGCACAUGUACUUCUACCUACCCUACCUCAGUAUUUGUUACGCGUUACUUGCUCUCAGAGGCACCUACAUGCAAUUGCACGUGUGUGAAUUUGCAACUUGUACAGCGGCGGGCGAGGGAGGGAGAGAGGGGGAGAGCUGCUGUCGUGUUAGCCGUAAUGUACCUGACUGCCUGCCUGUCUCCCUGCCUUCGUCGAAGCCCUGAACGAGACAAAGACUGCCUUACUGCCAUACUUAACACUCCAGCUGUGAUGAAAA